AAAUUGCCGUUUUCUUGUUUUGAACUUCACCUUAGGGUUACUUAAGUGUCAGGAAAUGAUGCCCUGGUUCUUUAAAUUUUUUUUUUAAGGGAGAUGGGGAGGGGAAAUGACUCAUUCAGUUCCGAUGGCAAAGAAUUAGUUUACCUUUCCCGAGCUGAUUUUUUGCUGAGAAUCAUUUUCUUUGGUGGCCGUGGGGCUUCGGGAGCCAGCAGUGCGCAGAGAGCUCGGUCAUGCCACAGUCAGGAUCUUUCGCAGGCUGGUGACUUGACUUUGAAACUGUGGCACCGUGAGACAGAGAAAGUCUGCCCCGCCACCAUUUGAACGCGGAAUCCGCUUCCGUAGGUUAGAACUUCACCUUUCUAAUUUUCUGAUAAGCAUGGACUUCCACGCAGUUUUGUUCAACAUUGCAGAGGAAAUAGACAGUCGAGAUCUGGCUAGUCUGAAAUUCCUCUGCUUGGAUCAUAUCCCGUUGAAGAAGCAGGAAUUUAUCAAGGAGGCCGUGCAGCUCUUCAGGAUACUUGAGGAAAAGGGUUUGUUGGAGGAAGACAAUCUGUCAUUCUUGAAAGAACUGCUGUACCACAUUAAACGAAUGGAUCUCCUAAAUCCUCUGAACACUAACAAAGAAGAGGUGGAGCGUCAAAUCCGAACCAACGUCCAGGUUUCCUCCUACAGGGUCCUGCUUUUUAAUCUUUCAGAAGAUGUGGCAAAUUUUGAAUUGAAAUCCAUCAAAUUUCUGUUGAGUCACAAGAUUCCCAAGUGCAAACUGGAAGAUAAUAUGACCAUGAUCGAUAUUUUCAUUGAGAUGGAGAAACGGGGAAUUCUAGGAGAAGGAAACCUGUAUGACCUGAAGGCAGUUUGCGAUGUCAUUGAUAAGAAUCUAGUGAAGAAAAUCACAGACUAUGAAUCAAGCAGAGUGGAAAGAAGCACAGAAAGAAUUCCUGUGGAAAUGCAGGAUGUUGAAGAAAUGAUGAAUGACCUUCAGGCAACAUCUGGAGAUUUUCCAGGAGUAAAGGACCAGGACAAAGCUUACAAAAUGAGCAGCAGGCCUCGGGGGUACUGCUUGAUCAUCAACAACUUUGACUUCCAAAAAGCACGGAAAGAAAGGCCUGAGCAUGAGAACAUAAGGGACAGGAAGGGGACUGAUAAAGAUGCAGAGGCUCUGAAAAACACCUUCAAGGAGCUUCAUUUUGAAAUUGUACUUUUGGAAGAUCGCACGGCAAAGCAAAUACAUGAAGAUCUAAAGAACUUCCGGGACAAGAACCAUGAAGGCAAAGAUUGCUUUGUGUGCUGCCUCCUGUCCCAUGGGGAUAGAGGCACCGUCUAUGGCACUGAUGGGCAGGAGGUGGCCAUCAGGGAUCUGACAUCAUAUUUCUGUAGUUCCAAGUGCCCAUCCCUUGCUGGUAAACCCAAAGUAUUCUUUAUUCAAGCUUGUCAAGGCAAGACCUUCCAGAGUGGCAUCACCCUCGAUACGGAUUCUGAGCAGCAAAGAGAAUCUCUGGGAAUUGAUGCACUUCUUCAGAGUGAAUGCAUUCCAGAUGAGGCUGACUUUUUGCUUGGGAUGGCAACCGUAGAGAAUCAUAUCUCUUACCGACACCCAAAGGAGGGAACCUGGUACAUACAGUCCCUUUGCAAGAAUCUGAAGGAAAAAUGUCCUCGAGGAGUGGCUAUUCUCGACAUCCUGACAGAAGUAAACUCUGAAGUGAGUCAAAAAAUUGACCCGAACAACAAAGGGAAGCAGAUGCCACAACCUAAAUACACUCUUAGGAAAAAACUUUUCUUUCCCAUUAACUAGAAUUGCUGGCACUACUUAAAAUUGUAUAUAUGCUAACACUAGAGUUAAAAUAUAUUUAUUUUGUUUAAAUUUUUCUUAUGCACUUUUAUUAAGGGGUGGGUGGGUCUUGGUAUUUUAAACACUUUCAGAAAAGAAGGGGAGAUAUAUAACCCUCUCCUUUUUAAAAAAAGAAAAAACAUUAUAAUUAUGUAAUUAUUAAAUAAAAAUCAUUUUUUAAAAG